AUGUCAGCAUCUGAAAAGUCAUUUAUUUCUGCAACAAAAAUGGGUCUAAAGCUGACACAUAAAAUACUUCGUGUUAAAAAUUCACGUAAAUUAAUUAAAUUUUAUGUCAAUAAUUUUGGAAUGGAAGAAGUUAAAAUUUCUACGCCAUCACUUUCAUAUAAAGUCAGUGUUUUAGGAUACACAACAAAUUAUGAUAAAAAUUUUAACAAAGCUCCAGAUACAUUGCCUUCACCGACAUUACUUGAAUUUCAUUAUAAUGAUUCAUCAACGAUUACUUCAUCAUUUGUUAAUUGUGGUGCUUCGAAAGUUUAUUGGAAGAUUGGUAUAACAUUACAUGAUGUUGGUUAUGCACGAAAAAUUUUACAAUCUAAACAAAUGAAUGUAAUUGAUGCAUCACAAUUUGAAGACAUCGGGGUGUGGGUGUGGGUGUGGGUGUGGGUGGGUGUGGGGUGUGGGUGUGGGUGUGGGUGUGGGUGGGGUGUGGGUGCGCGGCUGGGUGUGGGUGUGGGCGUGGGUGGCGGGCGCGGGCGUCCGAGCACGCCCCGCUUC